GCGCGGCAGACGGCGGAUCUGACACCGGGCCGGGCCCCCUAGAGCCUGCCGCCGCCGCUGUCUCCCGCUGCCCUCUGCCCUGGCCUGCGCGCCUGCCCGCCCGCCCGAGCACAGCAAGCAGCUUCUGCCGCGCGCCGCAGCGCCCACCCAGCGCGUGAGGAGAGAGAGACUGACAGGGAGAGUGAGGUAGCUAGGCAGCUAGCGGCAGUGAGUGCCACGCCACCACAGUUGCCAGUGUGUGCGGGAGCUGGAGCCGGAGAGAACCGGCAAAAAAACACACCGAGGCAAGCAAAGCAAAGGUGGCACGAGUACGGGCGGUUUAGGCAGGCGUGGCAGAGGGGGGGGAGGCGCGUGGGGAUAAGAUCGCCCGCGGCGCUCGAGCAGCAGCCGGGCCGACGCGGCCGGCGCGCACGACACGAGCACGCCGGAGGGGACAGCCCAGCCAGCCACAGCCGUUGCCGGCUUGCCGCAUUCCAGCACCAGCAGCCCGCAGCCGAAACGCGCCCCGGCAGACGCCAGGAGGAGGAGCCCUCCCCCUCCUCCAUAAAGACGCCGCAUUCCUCUCGCGGCGAGCACGCGCGGGGCGGGCAAGCGUAUGAGCAGCGGCGCUCGCGGCGGGACGGGUUCAUGGAGGCCGUGGGCGACGGGGCUGCAGCGGGGGCGGGGGGCGGGGCGCCGCCCGGCCGGUCGCAGCAGGGCGCCAAGCGCGGCCGCGGCGGCGGCGUGAGGGGCAGCGAGGCGGAGGCGGCGGCGGCGUGGGGGCAGCCGCCGGCGCUGCCGCUGCCGCUGCCGCAGGGCCCGGGGGCGGGCUCGCGGAUCUACCGCGUGCGGGCCAGCGGGGGCAAGGACCGGCACAGCAAGGUGUACACGGCCAAGGGCAUCCGCGACCGCCGCGUGCGCCUGUCGGUGCCCACCGCCAUCCAGUUCUACGACCUGCAGGACCGACUGGGCUUCGACCAGCCCAGCAAGGCCAUCGAGUGGCUCAUCAACGCCGCCUCCGACGCCAUCGAGAAGCUCCCGGCGCUCGACACCGCCGCCUUCGCGGCCAUCCCCGUGCCCGGCGAGGCGGAUGCCACCAAGGUGAAGCAGCAGCACGGGAGCAGCUCCGGGGGCAGCAGCCCCUCGGAGACGAGCAAAGGUUCCGAGCUCUCCCUUUCGCGCUCCGACGGACGCGGGGGCGCCGCUGCCGCCGCGCGGGACAGGGAGGUCACCGUGGCCAGCACCUCGGCGCAAGCCGCGUCCUUCACCGAACUGCUCACCGGGGUGGCGUCGGCCGGCGCCAUUAGCGCCUCCGAGCACAAGCAGUCCUGGCAGCAGCAGCCCAACGUCUCCGCGGCGGCCGCCGCCGACUGCGUCGGCAUUGCGCACCCGGGGAAAGGUGCGCACGGGCUGUCGACGCACGCCUUCUCGGGCCCCAUCAAGUUCGGCAAUGCGCCUCCGUUCGGCAUGGUCCCGGCGCAGUCCUUCAGCUUCACCACUCCCGUCGAGAUGCCUCACUUCUCGCUCGGCCAGGACGCUUUGGCGGCGUCCUCGGCUCCCGCCGCCGGAGACUACAGCCUGAAUUUCUCCAUGUCCUCGGGUUUCUUGGGUGCCAAUAGGGGGACCCUUCAGUCCAAUUCCCAGUCUAACUUUUCAGGCCAUCACCACCAGCAGCUCCAGAGGCUGGACGGCCCGUUCUUGUUCGGUCACGCGGCGGCGGCGGCGGCGGCGCACCCCGCAUCUGAGAACCAACUGACCGCAUCCGCGGCGUUACAGCUGUGGGAUGGGUUCCGGCACUCCGGCAUGAAGGAGAAGAGCAAGAACUGAUUACACAUUUUCCAACGAAACUGAAGACAUCCAGUUGCUGGGACCUAUUCCAGCAAGAAUUCAUCCUUUGGAGGUGCUAUGAUCAUCAUCAACCUUCAACCCUGCUGCCAUUGAUCAAACAGAAACAGUGCUGUGCUCCGUUUUUCUUCUCCCUCUCUAGAUGCUGUUGUACAAAUUUUGUGGGAGAUGAGAGUUUUUGAACAAGAGUUGUAAGUGUGCCCUGUGAUCGCGGUUCUAGUCCUCUCCGCGUGUAACUUUUGCAUGAAUUGAUGCUCCCCUAAAUUGAGUUCAUUGGAAAAGCAUUGUUCUCACGGUUUGGUUUGCGAGAUAA